AUGAAAUAGUCUGACGUAAAUGUUGACAUAGCUACGUACAGUGUAUACCUAAUAUGAAAGAGCUCAAAACAAACUUUAAAACUAUUUACGUAGAUAGUGUAUACAGGCUGACAUUUAACGGCAGAACUACAUUGAACGUCGAAAUAACAGGGAGGCCGUGUUGGAUUUACAGUGAGCUUCUCAUGUGAUCAAAACAUCAGAAAUUGACCGGUUGGGCUGAGCCCAGAUCAUCCUACUGUGUGACUCCUGUAAAACUGCCCACCUACAAAGUCACUGUGAACUUUGUCAUAUAAACCUAUGCAAGGUCUGUGUUGGGGAGCACCUCUCGGAUUCGUCGUGCCCUAUAAAUACGGAACGCCUCCUCCUAAUUACACAAAAUGUCCAGACCACGCCGAUGAACAAUGUAACAUUACUGUGAGAAAUGUAACAUUCCUGUCUGUUCUACCUGCGUUUCCUCUGGUAAACACAAAGAUCAAUAUAUAUUAGAUAUUCUGAAAAAACUCAGCUCUAAAAUACAAACUUUACAAAAUGAUUUGGAAGAACUCGUGACCAGGAUUUAUCCCUGAUAUGAAGAAAUGGCGUCCGAUGUCUAAAGUGAGGAAUCCGAGUUAGAAACAAAUUACAGAAAAUUGACAACAGCGACUGACCAACAAGGAGAAGUCUGGCACCAAGAGAUUACCGCCAUUGUCAACCAACAUAAAUAUGACAUUUUGGAGAUAAAAACAAACACCUAUCUACCCUGCAUAAAAAUACAAAGGAAAUUACAGAAAAUGACUGAACUCAAACAGAUCAUGUCUGACUUGAAAUCAAUCCUAAAAUCAAAUAACGUCUCCUUAACCUCUACCUACAAAUCUAGGAAUUCCGAAUUUAGAACAUUACCGCCUAAAGUCCGAGUUACAGUACCCAGUUUUACUCCUCAGAAAAUAAACAAAGAUCAGCUUAAUCAAAUAGUUUGUUCUCUGCUAUCAUUAUCUGUUAACACAGAAGAACAUGGCGACACAGUGAAGUCAGCAGAAGCUGCAUCGCCUCCCCCAGUCAAACCACUGCUUGAUGACCCGCGUCUUACCGCCACCAUAGACACUGGGUAUGACUAUCUAUUCAGUGUUAGCUGUGUCAGUGAAGAACAAGUCUGGACAUGUGGGGAUUGCAACAUCAUGAAGCUCCUCAACCUUCAGGGUAAACUACUGACAUCAAUACAAACCGAGUCAGGGGACGAACCAUGGGACAUAGCAGUGACACGGGACGGAGAUCUUGUUUAUACUGAUAAUUACAAUAAAACUGUAAACCUAGUGAAGAAUGAACAGAUACAUACCAUGAUCAGACUACAGAUGUGGAAACCGCUCUAUGUCUGCAGUACCUUCUCUGAUGAUCUCCUGGUUGCCAUGGAGAGUGACGAUAGAAAACAAUCCAAAGUUGUGCGUUACUCUGGCUCCACAGAGACACAAACUAUUCAGUUUGAUGAUAAGGGUCGACCUCUCUAUUUACCUGGUUAUAACACUAAAUACAUCAGUGAAAACAGGAACCUGGAUAUCUGUGUGGCUGACUGUAGAGCUAAAGCAGUCGUGGUGGUCAAUCAAUCAGGAAAACUUAGAUUUAGAUACACUGGUCAUCCCUCUAAUACCAAGCAAUCAUUUGAUCCAGUCGGCAUCACUACAGACAGCCAGAGUCACAUCCUGACAGCAGACAUUGACAAUCACCGUAUCCACAUCCUAGAUCAGGACGGUCAAUUCCUCCGUUACAUUCAAAACUGUGAUUUAUGCACUCCAUGGGGUUUAUGUGUGGACAUCAGAGACAACCUCUUUGUGGCUGAGCAUGUUACUGCUAAAGUGAAGAAAAUCAAAUAUCUAUAAACACGGUGUUAAGUACAUAUCUCAAACACAGUGUUAAUUACACAUCUAAACACUAGGUUAAUUAAAUCUAUAUACAGCUUGGUCUUGAUUGCAUCUGCUUAUUAAUUAUAUCUGAUUUUUAAUUACAACCCUGUGUUAAUUACAGCCCAGUUUGUGAUGUGUCAGUAACGUUUACUUGUUUUUGUGUUACUACUGACUGAACAUUAGUCUCUCAUUGCUUUUUAGCCAUCAUAUCUUACAAUAUCUGUUUUAUUAUAUCUUGUGAAACAUUCAAUUUAGUGAAUUGUUAACUAAUUUAAAUGUAUUACUAGUUGUAUAUCGAUAUGCAAUUGAACACAUGUGAAUCAUGAAAUGCAAAUGAACAUGAAUAAGUUA